AUGGGAAUCAAGCAGCUAUCGAAGCUCCUGAGGGAAAACAGUAAGAGAGGGAUCAGGGAGAGGCCGCUAGUGUACUACUCGUCGAAGAAGGUUGCGAUUGAUGCCUCGAUGUCCAUGUACCAGUUUCUGAUAGCCGUUAGGUCUGGUGGGGCCACGCUGGGAAACGAGGACUCUCCGACAUCCCAUCUCGUAGGAUUUUUCUACAGGACCAUCCGGAUGGUUGAGUUGGGAAUAACACCCGUGUAUGUAUUUGACGGAGUGCCUCCGGAGAUCAAGAUGAAGGAGCUCGAAAAAAGAAAGGAGAGAAGGGCAGCGGCAGACAGGGAGUACAGAGAGGCUUCGGAGGUAGGGGACAAGGAGCUCAUGGAGAUGUACGACAAGAGAAAGACAAAGGUGACUGGAGUCCAUGUUGAUGAGUGCAAGAGGCUUCUUGGGCUGAUGGGGAUCCCGUUUGAGACAGCCCCCAGCGAGGCAGAGGCAUACUGUGCUCUCCUAUGCAAGAAAAAGGCCGUCUAUGGGGUUGCAACGGAGGAUAUGGAUGCCCUAACAUUCGGGUCUCCCGUGGUGCUAAGGAACUUUAAUGGAACCCAGAGCAAGCGACUUCCUGUUAUGGAGCACAAUCUUCCACAGAUACUGGAGGACCUCUCUCUGGACCACAGUGAGUUCAUUGACUUGUGCAUUCUCCUGGGAUGCGACUACUGCAGCACCCUGAAGGGCAUUGGGCCCAAGAAAGCGCUAGGGCUCAUAAAGAAGCACAGGAGCAUUGGGAACAUUCUGAAAAACGAGGAUCUGGAAGUUCCUGGCGACUGGAGGUACUCGGAUGCCCAGAAGAUAUUUGGAAGUCUUGCAGAAAUCGGGGAGAUAAGAGACUUUAAUAUUUCUUGGGACUCGAUCGACAGAAACGGAAUUGUGAACUUUCUUGUUGAGGAGAAAGGAUUUGACCUGGAAAGAGUCAACAAGGGGAUUGACAAGCUUAUAAACUCCAGGAAAAAGGGGACCCAGGGGCGGCUGGACUGCUUUAUAACAAGAAGUAAAUGA